UGCAUUUUUCUUAGCAUGUAUUUGUUAUUAAUUGCUAGUUCUAUUACCAAUUUUUUGGAAAAUAUUUUAGACAGGACGAAAAAGCUAAAGCAUGCUUUAGAAAAAAAAUCUAAAAAGCCUGUGGCAGACGGAAGAGAAGCAGGAUCAAUUAAUACAGCAGAUGAUAGAGAAACAGGAUCCAACAAUAAUAAGGCAGAUGGAGAAAAAGCAACGUCAGUUAAUAAAGCAAAUGGAAGAGAAACAGGAUCAAAUAAUAAUGCAGAUGGAGGAAAUGUAGGAUCAAAUAAUAAAGGGAAAAACAAACAAGCAUUAGAAUAUGAAUUACGACUAAAGUCUUCAAUUUCAACUAAUACAUUACAGAAAGCCAUAGAGCUAGUAACAAAAGCCACUGAAGAAGACAAAAACAAAAAUUAUGAAGAAGCUUUUCGACUGUAUGAACAUUCAGUGGAAUAUUUUCUACAUGCUAUGAAAUAUGAGGCACAGAGUGAAAAGGCGAGAGACAGUAUCAGAGCCAAAUGUGCACAGUAUCUAGAUAGGGCAGAAAAGCUGAAGCAGUUUUUGAAUAAAAAGUCAAAAAAACCUGUUGCAGAUGGAGGAGGGUCAGGAUCAAAUAAUAAAGGGAAAUCUGCAAAGAACAAUGAAUCUGAAAGUGAUGAGGAGGAAGAUCCAGACAAAAAGAAGUUUGCCAAUCAGCUAUCAGGUGCCAUUGUUAUGGAAAGACCAAAUAUAAAGUGGGAUGAUGUUGCUGGUUUACACAUGGCUAAAGAAGCUCUUAAAGAGGCUGUCAUUUUACCUGGAAAAUUCCCUCACUUGUUUACUGGUAAAAGAAAACCUUGGAGGGGAAUUUUAUUGUUUGGACCCCCUGGUACUGGAAAGUCUUACCUAGCUAAGGCAGUGGCUACCGAGGCAAACAACUACACAUUUUUCUCGGUGUCCUCGUCAUAUUUGGUGUCAACGUGGCUGGGUGAAAGUGAAAAAUUGGUAAAGACAUUAUUUUUGUUGGCUCGUGAAAAUAAACCUAGCAUUAUAUUCAUUGAUGAAGUGGACAUACUGUUUGGAUCACGUAGUGAGAAUUGGUCUCAUAGAAGCAAGACUGAGUUCCUAGUCCAGAUGCGGGGUGUCGGGGUGGACAAUGAUGGGGUGACCUUGCUGGGAGCCACCAGUAAACCAUGGUUAUUAGACUCGGCCUUUAGGAAAAGAUUUGAAAAAAGAAUUUAUAUUCCCUUACCUGAAGCCCCUGCAAGAACAGAAAUGUUCAAAAUUCAUCUGGGAAACACCCCUCAUUCAAUCACAGAGGAAGAAUUCCGAGAACUUGGGAAGAGAACGGAUGGGUACUCUGGAGCUGACAUACAAGUCGUGGUCCGUGAUGCUCUGAUGCAGCCUGUCAGGAAAGUUCAGACAGCCACACACUUUAGACGAGUGCGAGGUCCAGCACGAGAUGACCCCAAUGUUAUAGUGGAUGACCUUUGGACCCCUUGUUCUCCUAAUGCCCCCGGAGCCAUGGAAAUGACCUGGACAGAAGUUGAUGAAAAUAAAGUUUUAGAGCCCAUUGUAUCAAUAUCUGAUAUGUUGAUGGCUUUAGCCACAUCCAAACCUUCACUGAAUGCAGCAGACUUAAAGAAACUGGAAGAUUUCACCGCUGAUUUUUAGCAAUUUAAUUAGGAUAUUCUGUGAUAGGAAGGGGCCAUAGAUCUCCCAGUGUUCUUGUUUUUUUUUGGUCUUUAGUGUGUGUAAACCAAAAUAUAAACAGGACUCUUAUCUGGUCUAAAAUACUGAUCUGAUUGCAUAUAAACAUCUGGUUAUGUAUGGUAUUCUUGUGAUAGAAUUGAAUUGCAUUAUAUAUAUAUAUAUAUAUAUAUAUAUAUAUAUAUAUAUAUAUAUAUAUAUAUAUAUACACUGCAGAAAGAAUAGAAUAUAAUAUGAUGAAAGAUGCGGAAAGCCAAAGGGUUAAAUAUCAUAUCUAUGAAAUUAUAAAUUUUGGUUUCCUAAAUGCGGAAAUAGUUUCUAUAAACUGUAUGAAUAAGGGAAUUAAAUCUUGUGUAACUGCCAAGGGUUUAACCUCUGAUAUCUUUCCUUGUACAGUGGUUGAUAGAAAAGGGAAAAAUUUAUCACAUUUUUUAUUUGCACUCUAUUUUAAUGAUUUAGAAGGAUUUUUAUCAACAAAUGAUGUAAAAGGUUUGACAUCACUAUCGUAUAUCAAUUAGAAUUAUACAAAUGUAAUUUGUUUCUAAGACUUGUUGUACUAUUUUAUGCAGAUGAUACAAUAUUAUCAGAAACUCGUGAUGAUCUUCAACAACAACUUGAUGUUUUUCAAAGAUAUUGUAAAAGCUGGCACCUAAAAUAACAAAAAUUGUUAUAUUUCACAAAGGUAGAUCCAAUGUAGACUAUUCAUUAAAGUACGGAGACAAUAGCCUAGAAAUUGUAUAUAAUUUUAAAUACCACGAAGUACGUUUUUGUAAAAAAUAGAUCAUUCAAUCUCAAUAUGAAAGAACUCUGUGAAAAGGCUAUUGAAGAUAUGUAUAGUUUAAUAGGUAAAUGUAGAAAAUAUAAUAUGUCAAUUGAAUUAAAUAUUGAAUGACUGUGGUCUAUCUUUUAUUUUGUAACAAUAAAAUGUUAAUAUCCA